AGUUGAAGCUAAAGCGAAGCGUUAAGUUAACGCCAUAUUACUUAUAACAUUAGCGUUGUCUGAUUAAUAGCAUAUUCGGCGAUUGAAAACAACGAAUUGGCACGGUAAGAAAUGGAAGGUGACGAGUGCAGUUUUGCUCCAGAUUCAGACAGUCACUCUCAAAGAGGAAGCGUUGCUUCUUCUGCGACACUUACCCGUGCUCAGGACGUGUUUAUAUACCUGUUUGGAGACAGUGCAGUGCAUUUAAAUGUUGAAGGGCUCUGUAGCAUCACUGUGCAUGAGUUGGCCCGCAGUGUUUGUGAUGCCCUCCACAUUCCUGAUUCUGCACAGGAUGUGUUUGCCUUCUGGCUGUGUUCUCCUCUGCUUGAGUUGCAGUUAAAACCGCGACAUCAGCCUUAUAAAUUGUGUCGGCAGUGGCAGGACUUGCUGUAUCGCUUCACGGAGGCUUCAGAAGAGGACAUAUCACAAGAUGAGCCGUGUCUCCAAUACCGUAGAAACGUGUUUUAUCCCAAGUCUAAAGAGCUGCAGAUUGAAGAUGAUGGUGUACUGAAGCUUCUGUAUGAAGAAUGCAGAAGCAACAUCCUCAUGGGCCGAUAUCCCUGUGAUCCUGAACACUGGAUGAGUCUCGGAGCUUUAUCUCUAGCCUUGGAUAAAGGAACUGGACUGGACAACCAAGAAGUUACUGCAGUUAUUAGAGAAAAGAAGCUGUCUUCCUUUCUGCCUGCACAUGUCAUAAUGGGAAGUGGGGGUUUGUUCUCCACUCUGAGAGGCAAAUCAAGCCGCCAUGCUGAACUGGAGCAGAACCUGUUGCACGAGUACCAAAAGAUUACGACGUCUGCAGGAAACGCUCCAGAGCCUAACCAGCUCCUACACCAGUACCUCAGUACAUGUCACACUCUGCCUUACUACGGGUGCGCUUUCUUCUUUGGGGAGAUUGACAAACCAGUGCAGGGGAUUCUCCACCGAGGAGGACGCAAAGGUGUUAGUGUUGGAAUCUGCCUGGAAGGUGUUUAUGUAAUGGACAGCAAAGAGAAGCAUGUGCUACUCGGUCUGCGUUUCAGCGAGCUGUCCUGGGACCACAGCUACCCUGAGGACGAGAGGGACUCGCACAUUCUCUGGCUCGAGUUUGAUGGUGAAGAAGAUGGCACUCCUGUCAAUAAAUUGCUCAAGAUCUACUCAAACAAGUAGUAAAUGGCAGAGCUGAUGAGCGGCUUCAUUGAAUUUUGCGUGGAGCUGAAAUCCACGUCUGAUGGAGCAGCUGCAGCUGGAACAGACGGUGAAGCAGGUCUGUCCCAGCAGCCUGCUGGAACAGGGAGCAGCAAGAACAGCUGUGGCGGCCGGCGCGGCUUGCUGCGCAGACAAAACAGUGUCGUGUGCAGCCGGGUCCAUUCUCUGAACACUAUAAGCUACGUGGACAACGGUGAGUUCAUGUGUUCCACUUUUUAGGCAAAGAAAAUAAAACGCUUGAAGCCUAAAAGAGCCACUUCCUUCUUCGCCCGGCAGCCAUCUUCAACGAUGUACUCGGCGGUGCAAGUUACUGAGAGUCUGGAGCAGGGUUAAAGUUUCCCAUCAGCUCAGCUUCCUGCUUCUCAGAGACCAAACCUGAACACUUUACACUGGGAUUUAAAGACUUAAUACGAGCUUAGCACAUCGAAAAACAUAUGAACGUGCAAAGGACCAAGUGAGGGAUCCAAGUGUGAAUCACCGUAUUUAUCUUUGUGCAUUAAUACAGUCCUGUGAAAGAACAUUUAGUCAGUAAGUUGUGCUUCCACAUUCAGGCUGAUGCGGGCCGACAGUCUGAGAUAAACGUUGGUUAUCGCAGCACUGGUUUGAUGCCAUCUCUCAUCUUAUAUGAGAUUGCAUUACAUGCAUGCUGAUUUAUAAGAUGUAUUCACAAAGUUAAAAAUUUGUCUCUUCCCCUCAAAGUUAUGAAACAACCGCAUAACGUUUUUAGAGUCGGCAAUGACAGGCACUUUGACAGAACAGUUUCAGGGAGUGUUCUCUCACUGUUCUGCAUUUUCAUACUGCCAGUGCCUUGUUUACACAAAGGUCGACACCUUAGAAACAAACUGGUUGAAAUGUUCAUUCAUUUUUUAUUUUUUUGAGAGCAUUGGCUGUGUUGUAAGAAUGUGCUUAUAGCUGUGGGGUUUUUCUUUUUGUUGCUUCUACUAACUGAACAGUGUGAGCGUAACCCUGUCAGAUAACAUAACCAACACUCAUAAACACAUUACAGUAUUCACUGCAGUGGCAAAACAGACUCAAAACUACCCAAAGUUAACAAAG